ACUGGCCGCUGAGAGAAGAAUCGGGUGGAGCAGAGAGCAGUUGCUGCAGGGCAGACAGCCAGGACCCCCAAAUCUGCACGCACCAGCAGUCAGCCGCCGCAUGCAGGGACCGGCCUUCCUCUUGCUCCCCGCCCUCACUCACUUUCUCCCGCCCUCGGCCCGGCCUCCCGGCUCUCUACUUCGCGUGUCUACAAACUCAACUCCCAGUUUCCGUGCCUCUCCACCGCUCGAGUUCUCCACUCUCCAUAUCCGAGGGGCCCCUCCUAGCAUCUACCCCCCUCCCAACCUAGGGGGACCUAGCCAAGCUAGGGGGGGACUGGAUCCGACGGGUGGAGCAGCCAGGUGAGCCCCGAAAGGUGGGGCGGGGCAGGGGCGCUCCCAGCCCCACCCCAGGAUCUGGUGACGCCGGGGCUGGAAUUUGACACCGGACGGCUGCGGUGGCGGGCAUGAGGCUGCUGAGGGAUGGAGUUGGGCCCGGCCUCCAGACAAGGCCCGCGGGCUCCGCCAGCAGCAGGUCCCUUGGGCCCCAGCCCUCGCUGCCACCCGGACCUGGAGCCCCACACCCGAGGGAGCAGACUGGCUGCCAAGGCCACACUUUUGGCUAAAAGAGGCACUGCGAGGUGCACAGUCCUGGGCAUGCGCCGUUUGAGCUUCGGGGGAAAGCCCAGCACUGGUCCCCGGAAAGGUACCUAGAAGAACACGGUGCAGGACCCCGUGCUGCCUCAAGAGGAGGGUGGGGGAACAGCUCAACAAAGGCUGAUGGGCGCUCCUGGUGUUGAUAGAGAUGGAACUUGGACUUGGAGGCCUCUCCGCGCUGUCCCACUGCCCCUGGCCUAGACGGCAGCCUGCCCUGUGGCCCACCCUGGCCGCUCUGGCUCUGCUGAUCAGCGUCGCAGAGGCCUCCCUGGGACCCGCGCCCCCCAGCCCUGCCCCCCGCGAAGGCCCCGCGCCUGUCUUGGCGCCCCCUGCCGGCCACCUGCCGGGGGGAAGCACGGCCCGCUGGUGCAGUGGAAGAGCCCGGCGGCCGCCGCCGCAGCCUUCUCGUCCCGCGCCGCCGCCGCCCGCGCCCCCAUCUGCUCCUCCCCGCGGAGGCCGCGCAGCGCGGGCUGGGGGCCCGGGCAGCCGCCCUCGGGCCGCGGGGGCGCGGGGCUGCCGCCUGCGCUCGCAGCUGGUGCCGGUGCGCGCGCUCGGCCUGGGCCACCGCUCCGACGAGCUGGUGCGUUUCCGCUUCUGCAGCGGCUCCUGCCGCCGCGCGCGCUCUCCGCACGACCUCAGCCUGGCCAGCCUACUGGGCGCCGGGGCUCUCCGACCGCCCCCGGGCUCCCGGCCCAUCAGCCAGCCCUGCUGCCGACCCACGCGCUACGAAGCGGUCUCCUUCAUGGACGUCAAUAGCACCUGGAGAACCGUGGACCGUCUCUCGGCCACCGCCUGCGGCUGCCUGGGCUGAGGGCUCACUCCAGGGCUUUGCAUACUGGACCCUUACCGAUGGCUCUUCCUGCCUGGGACUCUCCCGCAGAGUCUCACUAGCCAGCGGCCUCAGCCAGGGACGGAGGCCUCAGAGCUGAGAGACCCCUGCCGGCGAGUGAUGGACAUCAUCCCUGGACAGGUGGAGGGACAACUGACUAGCAGCCCCAGAGCCCUCACCCUGCCAUCCCAGCCUAAAAGACACCAGAGACCUCAGUUAUGGAGCCCUUCGGACCCACUUCUCACAGACUCUGGCACUGGCCAGGCCUCGAACCUGGAACUCCUCCUCUGAUGAACCCUACAGUGGCUGAGGCAUCAGCCCCUGCCCAGGCACUUUGGGGACAGCCUUUGAAGGACACAUAUUGCAGUUGCUUGGUUGAAAGCGCCUGUGCUGGAACUGGCCUGUACUCACUCACGGGAGCUGGCCCCUAUUUAUUAUUUCUAAGUUAUUUAUUUAC